UCAUAUUUUACUUUCUGUUUGAGAGUUGAAGGGAUUUUUUUAGCGGUUUUUAUUCAUUCAUGAAGAAGUGUCGUCAUUGGCAGAGGAUUCUAAUCCUCUCCUUUCUCUCUUUCUUUGUAUUCGCCCAAUUCGUAUUGGUUUCGCAGAGACUUAAACCCAUAGCUUUUAUUGGGCGGAAGGAUUUUGUGGGGGAAUUAACCAGUAUUAAGUAUAACACAGAUGAUAGAAGACUUAAUGCAAUUGAACAGGAAGCUGCCAAAGGACUGAAAGGUCCAAAAGUAGUUGUUUUCAAAGAGAAUGAUUUUAGUUCUACAGUUGAUCGCAUGUCUGAUGGGAAUCAUGAUUCGGAUCGACCAAGGGAUCCAAAAGAUGCUGAUAUUCUAGAAAUGAAAGAUUCAGAAACUUAUGGUAAAGGGAACGAUGAGCAUCCAAAUAUGCAGAAUAUAAUACAGAUGAACUCCAGGGAAAAGUCUCAAUCACACAAGGUAACAGAUGAGAAGGUAAAGCAGAUGAGAGAUCAGGUCAUUAGAGCAAAAGUGUACCUAAAUUUUGCACAGCCUGGUCAUAAUAACCACUUGCUGAAAGAGCUGCGAACACGAAUUAAAGAGGUUGAACGGACAGUCGGUGAAGCCAGCAUGGAUUCAGAACUGCCAAGGAGGGUUUCACAGAAAAUGAGAUCUAUUGAGGUUUUGUUGGCUAAAGCAAGUCAAGUAUUCCCUGACUGCUCUGCGAUGGCCAGAAAAAUUCGUGCCAUGGCUUAUAAUGCUGAAGAACAGAUUCGGGCACGAAAGAGUGAAGAGUCGUAUCUUGUUCAACUUGCUGGAAGGACUACCCCUAAAGGCCUUCACUGCCUCUAGACAGCUGAAUAUUUUUCCCUUCAACCCGAGGAAAGGCAGUUCCCUAACCAAAAAAAAAUUAAUGAUCCAGACCUUUAUCACUAUGCAGUAUUUUCUGACAAUGUCCUCGCUUGUGCUGUGGUUAUUAACUCCACAAUUUCAUCUGCAAAGGAGCCGGAGAAAAUUGUUUUUCAUGUGGUAACCGAUUACCUCAACCUCCCAGCAAUUUCAAUGUGGUUUUUAUUAAAUCCUCCUGGAAAAGCUACAAUCCAUAUUCAGAGUAUAGAAAGCUUUGAUUGGUUGUCUACCAAGUAUAACUCAACAUUGAAGGAACAAAAGUCCUAUGAUCCAAGAUUUACUUCAGCCAUCAACCAUCUGCGGUUCUAUCUGCCAGACAUCUUUCCAGCACUGAAUAAGAUUGUUCUCUUUGAUCAUGAUGUGGUAGUGCAAAGAGAUUUAAUUGAAAUUUGGAGUGUUGACAUGAAGGGGAAAGUAAAUGCAGCUGUAGAGACUUGUCUGGAAAGUGAAGCCUCUUUUCGUUCGAUGCCUAUUUUAUUGAACUUUUCAGACCCAUUUUUGGGUAAGAGGUUUAAUGCUAAUGCCUGCACAUGGGCAUUUGGUAUGAAUUUGUUUGAUCUCCAAGAAUGGAGAAGAAAAAAGUUAACCAUGCUCUACGGAAGUUACCUGCAACUGGGACUUAAGAGGCCAUUGUGGAAGGCAGGAAGCUUGCCCUUAGGUUGGAUUACCUUCUACAACAAUACCGUGGCUUUAGAAAGGAGAUGGCAUGCACUAGGGCUCGGCUAUAACUCUGGCCUUCGGAGGGGUGAUAUCGAGCAGGCGGCAGUUAUACACUAUGAUGGAGUCAUGAAACCCUGGUUGGAAAUAGGAAUUGCUAAAUAUAAAGGUUAUUGGAGCAAACAUUUGUUGUACGACCUCCCUUACUUACAGAAGUGCAAUAUCCACGAAUAAUUGAAGAUUUCGAAGCAUACAAGUGGAAUUAUUUGAUUCAUAACACAUUACCAGUUGCAUCACUCGGAAACCAUUCCUAUUAAUCCGAUUCUUUAACGAUCUUUCAUGUAAUUUUUUGACUCAUUCUUCUCCCCAAAAUAGUUCAGGCGGCAGUAACAUUUCAGGGGUUGAGUAAAUUUGUGGCAGUGGCCAAAGCUAAUAAGUUUCUGUAGGAUGCUCUGCAUUGCAGGUAUACGUCUGUACAUAAUUUUGAUAUAAUCACAAUUCCACUAGGUUCCAAUACGGAUACUUGAAAUGAAAGAGGA